UAUAUUUUCUUUUUCCUUCACACAUCGGGAGUAGUUUUAAUCAAAUUACGAUAUUGCAUAUUAGCGGGACGUAGUAAGGUCGACUGGGUACCUUGGCACCAACCUACCACGUACCCCCACCUUGGCUGAAGAGGUUUUAUCACAAAACGUAGAAGAAGCAGAAGAUUUCGUGCACUACGAAGCCCUUCAAAGGAUUACUAAGGUGGGCCAAAUCACAGCGGAUGGGAUACGUUAAACAAUGUCAGUCUAGUUUACUCGCCUUGUCACAUCGUCAAUUUCUAGCGGUUGCUUUGGGUGAAGAUAAAGAAAGUUUAACUAUAUGCGGGAUAAUAAAAAUCAAUGAUGUUCUUGUUAUCGUGUUAGACAGCCGGGAUUACUUAGAUCGUAGCCCAAAUAAAGCUGUAAUCGAAGAAAAGAAUCUAAACAAAUAAAUUUAUAAAUCGGCAGAUGGCUUUAUAGAUAGAUAGGAUUUGUCCAUAAAAUAGAUGAAUCCUAGUUUUCUCCCCAGUGCCUGCUCACUUACAGUUUUAUGGACUGUCAUAUGGAAAAGAGAUAACCAACUAAUUCUAGCAUUCGUGCUUUUAUUAAAAGGAUUUGGUCUUUUGGGGUUAUUUUGUUGUCCAAAAUCGCCUUUAGAUAUUCUUGUAAAUCUGAUCAUAAGCAAAUUUUGCUGUUGCUGAUGGAACUGUUUGCAAACGCUUUUUUUUUUUCAUUUUCAUGCACCUCUUGUCGUUCGCGACUUUCGAAAGCGCUUUUUAAAAGAUUAUAAAUUAAAACAGCCUCUCUUUACUGCUUUCUGGGACAUUUCGGUAUUGCAAAUCUAUCCCCGAGUACGGUCUUUUUUUCAUCGCUUUUACGUCGCGGAAACGUUCUAUUAAGGCUAAAAAGUUUAUUUGUGCUUUUACUUGUAGCCGACAAAAUGUAAAUACACGAACCUAGAUAAAUAACACUAUUUGCUAAACUGGGUCCUAGUUGAUGUCUCUUUGGUCUUAUCUUUAAGUCUACUUUCCCACAUGCAAAUCACCAAGGCUUAGAGACUAUUUUGUACGCAUACUCUCUAUGAUACAUUUUCUAACUUGACACUUUCACCCUUCACCCUUUUUUAUUUUAUUUUUUUACAUUUUGUUAUGGAGAUGUAAAAGUUUGAAAUCGUUUCUAGACUGCUGCUAUUUAUUUGUAACGGAAGAGUCCUUGUACUGGAAAAAGCCAUUUGUAGCGCUUUGUUUAAAUAUACCGUUAUUCCAUCGUAUCUACAUUUGUUUGCACUAACACAGAGUGGCGCGAAAUCAGUUGAUGUCACUCCAGCUUUCAGGUGAUCUUGCUGAAUAACAAAAUUACCAUUUCUAACAUCAAAAUGUUUGCAAUUUAGAAUUAAGAAAUUUGUACCAAUCAAGGCAAAUGAGAGACUACGUUUCUAUCGCACAGAAAAGCAGAAAUGCCGCCAUCUUCGACGCAAGAGCCCUUGUCAGUAAAACUUUGUUUUUGUUUUUAUUUAUCAUUUAAAGACAGAUAAUUGACUAUGUGUUUUAUAUUUCAAUCGAAAAAUUGAAAAUCGCCCCUAAAUCAGCCUAUGGAAAUAGCUGUGUUUUUUUUUUCAUUUUUAUAUUUUGCUAGGAUGACAACAAAGCGAUUGAAAGAGACCGUAAUGGCUUAGGGCGUGCCUCGAAUGCAAUUGAUAAAAAUCCGCUAUCACGGUGUUCCGAACAGAUAGCAUUUCAGCCGCCGGCGUAUUUCCAAUUCUUGCCGGUUCUUCAUGCUCACAGAAAUGAUUCUCACAUGACGGUUACCUUUAAGAGCUUAAAGUUGUUAUUUUUAACUAAACUUAAGGUUUUGAUUAAAUAAAAAAAAAACUCAACCGUCGUGAUGAUUUAACGAGCUCAUGUAUGUCAUUAAAAAUGGAAAAGAAAUGAGCAAAAUUGCCUUAAAUAACGUUUUUAUAAAUAGUGGAUGAUUUUUUCAGAGUAUUUUCAAGUGUUUACAAUUUCUUUGUUUAGCCCACUCCCAUGAAUGAAAGAUGCUUUGUUACACUCGGUAUUUAGCUAGAAUGACAAAAUGGUGGAUAAACAGAGUCUCUUAAACGACCAAGGGCUUGCCACAAAUGCAAUCGUAAACACCCGCUAUCAAGCUGUGUCAAAGAGAUAGCAUUUCAGCCGCCAGUCCCCUUUGGGUGAUCACCCAAAUCACAGAAAUUAUUCUUGCACUAAAGUUACGUUUAGGGUUUAAAAUACUUUAUUGAAAUGAAACUGCUGAAUUUUAAUUAAAAAAAGCGUCGACACAGUGGAAUGUUUCCUGUUUUGCUUAGACUUCGUAUAAUAAAAUGCAACUCGUGUAUUUCACUAAAAAUGGAUAAAAAAUGAGCAAAUAGGGCCUCAAAUAAUAUUCGAUUUCUAUAAAUUUUACUUGAUUCUUUUAAAGGAAAAUUGCCAAUUUUUUUCAAUAGAUUGCCACAACCAACCUGAUCGUAUGUAUUAGAAUCAUUCUCUCUAUCAAUCUUAAUUUUGCUUUAAAAAAAUAAGAUGGUUUUGCAAUUUAAUCCAUGCAUUAACCUUAAAUUAAUAGAGAUAUAACUUCUGUGGUUAUACCCAGUACUGGGUGACUGUCUCAGGACACUUGACGCAUGUGAUUAUACCCAGUACUGGGUGACUGUCUCAGGACACUUGACGUUUGUGGUAAUGCCCAGUACUGGGUGACUGUCUCAGGACACUUGAUGCAUGUGAUUAUACCCAGUACUGGCUGACUGUCUCAGGACACUUGACGUUUGUGGUAAUGCCCAGUACUGGGUGACUGCAUCAGGACACUUGACGUAUGUGGUUAUACCCAGUACUGGGUGACUGUCUCAGGACACUUGACGUAUGUGGUUAUACCCAGUACUGGGUGACUGUCCCAGGACACUUGACGUAUAUGGGUGGCUCAAAAUGCUUAAACAGUAUAUUUAGAUUUUUUUUCUAUUUUUCAGGAUGGAAACGGAAAGUAAGUUCAACAAUUAAAAUCAUUUUAGUGUGGUAUUUUGUAUCUAACAACUAAUAUCAAUUAAUAGCAACUAAUAUCAAUUCAAAUGAUAUUGAAUUUUCCUGACCGAACGCCUCGGAAUUUUGAAAGAGUGGUUAUGCCUGCAGGUAGAGCUCUUGUAAGGGACCGUACCCUGAAGCAUCUGAAAGUCUAGAUUUGUAAAUGAGAGAAGAGGUAUUAGUAGGUUAGGUUUGUAGUUUAUGCAUCCAAUGAGAUAUGAUACUUCUGAAUCUUAGGUGAUUUUAGCGCAUUGUAACACAAAGCUUAAAAAAAAUGGAAUGUCUUGUAUAGCUCAUGGGUGUUACUCGGAUUUGACCAUUGCAACCAACCUCGUAAGCGAUAAGCUUUAGUUAAGACCAAACCGUUUCCAACUCCCUUUUAAAUAGUCCCUCUAACUUAAAAAAAAUCUAGGUCACGACCACUUUAAUGGGCACAACCAUGGCGUUAACAACUGGCUAUUCCAAUAUUUUUAAGGCGGUACGAAAUGCAAACAAGGCAAAUGCGCUCAAAUUACCCUAAAUUACAAAUUACAUUUGUGAGGCCGCUUUUGCAUAAAACUGGUCGAAACUUUCACUUAAGCAUCGAGUUUGUCAGUGCUUGUCAAAGUACAUUUUACCGUCUGUUAUUGUUAUUUCUACUCCAGGCAUUCAGAUCCCGCACCGCAAAAUAACGAAAUUGUCUCUGAGCUCCAAAUCGUGGAUAGUAGGCCCCCACCGGGUUCUCUGCAACUCAUUUGCUCAGAUGUGACGACAUGUUUCGAAAAUACACUUAAAACGGUAGGUCAUGUGCAAACGGUAGGUCACGUGCAAACGGUAGGUCACGUGCAAACAAUGCUCCUCUGAACAUUUUGACUUACCCUGGGUACCAGGCUCCAGACUUCUCUCGUCCAUUGACGCUCAGCAAAAAUGCCCUGACGAGCGAAGCGAGUGGGCUCUGGGCGGGCGAGUAGCCUUAUUCAGUUCCAGUCUCAAAUUACAUGCCAUGAGUCACAAUACGAGAGCUGUAAGCUUUUAAAGUUUUGUUGUUAUUUUCAUACUCGAUUGAUUCAAAGUCACCGAAUGGUCCACGGAGAAAUUAAUUUCUGUCAUAUCUGCAACAACAAUUCUUAGGCAAGUUUAAUUUGUUUACUGGCUCUAAGACGAAGAAGGAGCGAUUCGUAGAACGUCUGUUUAUUAUUAGCAAACGUUACAAAGAGAAAUCCUUCGUAAGGCAGCUUGAAAAGCUAGAUAAUGUAAAGGAAUGAUUGAUAGAAAACUGCAAAAUUUCAAAUCAACAAACGCAAGGACAUGUUAGCAAUCGAGAGCGAUCCUCGGAAAGUCACCGUUCGCGCCCCGAUGCGGGCGGGCUUAGCUCCAUCUUCAACUCCGCCUUCGGUACAAACUGCAAGAUCCCUGCAGAUCCAGCCCAAAAACAAUAGGGUGAAUCAAGGACCGUUGAAAACGGUCAAAACUAGCGUUGAACUACAUGUGUACUUGUGUUUAUAAGCAAACCAACUACACGUGAUCGAACAGCUGAACCUUCAACCUUUGCAAAACAAGCCGGUUUUUUAAGCUAAUCCCAAAUAUGGGUUUAUUGACCAAAUAUGGUUUUUUGUUACUAUGACAAUCUCGUUGACCAAUCAGCUGCAGAAUAUGCGCGCUACCAUAUUUGUGGGGGACUAAACUGGUAAAGAUUCGGGACUUAUUCAGACAGCACUAUUUAGUCGUAUGCAAUUUGCCCGCAACACCUCUACAACUUGAGUUGUAGAGUGUAAAUUAGCCUUUGACUCCACCCGACGUUCGGCUACGAAAGCCGUAGUGUGUAAUCUAGGGCUAAGACAAGUCGCACGCAGGUCGGAUACGACUAAAUCGUGCUGUCUGUAUAGGUUUUAAGACGCUAUACUUACCCAACAUGCCAUUGUUAUGUUAAUGAAAGGUGCUCGGGUGCUGGGACAGCUUCGUUAUUGAUCCAGAGGGAGGUCUAUGCUACACUUGGGCGGUAAGAAAAUAAUCAUGUACAGGCGAAGACUCUUGUGUAAAAAAAAACUACCCUUGAGUAGUACCGAGUUGCGGGGAAUGAUCCUCCGGUGUAACCUUGUUCUCGUUAUUUUUGCUGUCUCAUUACUGACGUCACUAUUUCUGAUGUCGUGUGCUCAUGAAAAAUAUUUUUUUGUAAUACGAAAGCUGUCGGGUAUUUUUUGUUAUCUCUCAGGAAUAAUGUCGCAUUUUCUUUGUGUGAAGGCCCUUGUUACGUUCGCUGUCUUCUAUAACUUCUGCAUCGUGCUCUUACGCAUCGCUUUUAAAGAGGUGCGAAAUGAGCUGUUCUAUAGAAUGAUCUACUGGCCCUUAGACGUGAUUAGUGAUAUCAUCUAUCUGGUGGACAUACUUGUCCAAUUCAGGACAGCUUACAGAGAUGAUCAUGGCAUUAUGAUAAACACUCCAAAGCUCUUGGCUCUCAAUUACUGCUCAAAGAUACCUUUUUUUCUUGAUGCUCUUUCCGUUUUUCCUCUGGAGACAACUCUACCGUUCACACUGGGAGUCCAGCCAUCCGUAUGGUUCCGUUGCCUGCGUCUUCUCAAGUGGCAUUGUGUCCUUCGGUUCUUUGUCAUCAGCGAUCUUCGCACCAACAAACCAAACCGUCUGCGUGUCGUCAAACUUGCUCUUUACCUAGGACUCGCCCUCCAUUGGGUUGCCUGUGGCUAUUACAUGAUAUCUGAAUACGAGGGAUUGGGCUCUAAUUCCUGGGUCUAUCCGGAAGCAAGUGGCGAAGACGGCAAGUUGCUGAGAAAAUAUAUCAAGUCACUUUACUGGUCCAUACUGACGUUGACGACUAUUGGAGAAACACCAGAGCCGUCUACUAAUUUGGAACAUGUGUUCACCAGUGCAAUGUUCCUGUUCGGGAUCUUUGUGUUUGCUGCCGUGGUCGGAAAUGUCGGAGACGUCAUUAGUAACAUGAACGCUGCAAGAACAGAUUUCCAGACCAAGAUGGAUUACAUCAAGUCGUACAUGGAGCAUCACAAGGUUCCGGAAGACCUGCAGAACCGUGCGAAGCGAUGGGCGUACUACGCUUGGAGCAGGACACACGCUCUGGAUGAGAGUGAUGCCCUUGGCAUGCUGCCUUUGCGUCUUCGCGCCGAGCUCGCCAUACACGUACAUCUGGCCACUCUAAAGAAGGUCAAGAUAUUCAAGGACUGUGAUGAGGGCUUAUUGUGCGAACUCGUCCUGAAACUGCGACCUCAGAUAUUUUCUCCUGGAGACUACAUUUGUCGAUGUGGCGAAAUAGGCCGGGAGAUGUAUAUAAUCAAUCACGGGAAAGUCGAGGUAGUCGUUCCUGAUUCUACGACUGGUGAAAAAAUAGUGGUAGCAUCAUUGACUGAGGGGAAUUACUUUGGGGAAAUCAGUCUUUUGCGACUUGAUGAAGGCAGAAACAGGAGAUCAGCAGAUGUGAGAUCUGUCGGAUAUUCAGAGCUGUUGUGCUUGUCGCAGAAAGACUUGAUGGAGGCACUUGAGGAGUAUCCUGAAGCAAAGAAGGUUCUCGAAUCACAAGGAAGAGACCGCUUACAAAGGACCAAAACUGAAGGUAACAUGCUUAUUCCCCGCCGCACACACCAGAUAGAGGAAAGACAAGAGCUCCACAUCAAUUUAGCGAGAGAGCUGUCAGCCAUUAAGAGCAACUUGGAAAGUGUUGCCAAGAGAAGCGAGGAGUGCGCUGUGCUCAGGCGAGAAGCGGCCACUCUGAGAGCAAAGCUUCGUAACGCCGAGUCAAGACUCGCGGGACUUGACAGCUUACAGUCAGCUAACUACAAAUCCAGCACAAGCGCACCGACCGUGCCUCCUUUUAAGGUCACCACAGGAAUGCCACCUUGUGUCUCAAAGCAAUCAGCAUUGUGCAAAGGGUCAACGGCAAUCCGGUGUAGUCCCUUAAAGUCUGGAACUGCUGAUCAAAUUCUUAAGCGGUUAUUUCGGGCUGCUCAAUCUGCGUCCCAGACAAAAAACAGUCGGGCUCUCUGCGCCACCAAUGAUACACGUACAACGCAAACUUCGCCCGCUUAUUGUUUAGCUAGCACAUGUCGUGGAACUGAGCAUGGUGUUUCGACCAGGAAGAGACCAGUAGAAACGCUUUUUCUGCCGGAGAUUCGACUUCUUGAUGCGGUUGACGGUGAUGUCCAGUUGCUCAGAAGGAGGCGUUUCUCGGUCAACCUACCCGUGCAGAGGAGAAAAUAAUAUUUGUUGUCAGAUAACAGGUAUAGAGGACGUUACUACGUCUCGCACUCGUACAUACAGUUAUCUAGCCACAGUCAUCUCGUCACCAGACGGGCAAAGAAGUCAGAGUAAUCCUGGGAUAGUAAUAAGUCGGACGAAGCAGGCAGUGAAGACUUCUCUUUACGCGGUUGUUCAGCCAGAAUGACUAUUAAAGUGUUCAAACCUAAUGUUUUAUAAUAAAGUACCUACUACGGAAAACUUAGAACCAAAUGUCACGUUAUUCUGGACAUCUGGGCGAGUUAACAGAAGAAGAAAAAAAAUGUUCUUGAAUACUCCUGAACCAUUUUAGCUUUUCGCGGUUAUGUAUUUUUGUUGACUUUUGCAUUUUUGCUCAUAUUAGGGAAGGGAAAUUGUUUAACAUACUUGAUCUAAUCAAGAUUAUUUCUUUACUGCUCAAUUAUAAAUUAAUGUAUUGUGAAGAGAUAGGAGAGAUCUGUUAUCUUUAUCGGUGACACCAGUUAGCUCAAUAAAGAAUCGAACACUGCUUUCGA